AGAAGGAAUGGUCAUUUUAUACUUCGUAAAAGAAAAAGAAAAAGAAAAAGGAAAAUUUUCCAUUGCUGGCUUUCGCUACUCUCAGGUCUCAGCUGGUUUGGUCAUUUCUUGUGUCAUUUUUCUCUCCGUCACUCAGCACACCAUAACUUUCCAUGUCGUCCUUCUUCACUCUCAGAAAAUCCUCACCGUUAAUCUACCGUUUCCCAAUCCAACGGUCCUUCAAGAUCCGCAACUCUUCAACAACCUCACCAUCAUCCUCCUCCUCCUCCCCUUCGGCACCGUCUCUCCUGAAUCGUAGUAGCAGUAGCACCAACCCGCACUACACUCCUCCGCGGGGCUCCGGUCUCGGUCCUAAUUGGGCUUGGGCCCUUGCCGCGGGCUCAGGCCUUGGGGUUCUCCUGCAUUACCUCGCUAAGCCCAAUUCCCAAUUCGACUCUCCGUUCUUAUCGAAAUUACUGCCUUUUGUUGACUCGUGGUCAACUCCUCCUGGCAACGAAGUUGAGUCUGACCGUCGGUCCACACCGUCGUUGUUUAGAAAACUGUCCCUUCCAGAAAGUUCUAGUUUCUUCCUUUUUGGAGAUGCGUACAGAAGAAAGGUGUUUUUCAACUAUGAGAAGCGGAUACGGUUGCGAAGCCCACCCGAAAAGGUUUUUGAAUACUUUGCUUCUUAUCGUACCCCAGAAGGAGAACUACUUAUGAAACCAGCAGAUCUAAUGCGAGCAGUGGUUCCUGUUUUCCCCCCAUCUGAAUCCCAUCUUGUAAGAGAUGGGUACCUGAAAGGAGAAAGAAGUCCCGGUCAUUUACGGUGUGCUCCUUCGGAAUUUUUUAUGCUUUUUGAUGUAAAUGGUGAUGGGCUUAUAUCUUUCAAAGAGUAUAUCUUUUUUGUAACACUACUCAGCAUUCCAGAGUCAAGCUUUUCUAUAGCAUUUAAAAUGUUUGAUGUGGACAAUAAUGGGGAGAUAAACAAGGAAGAAUUCAAAAAAGUGAUGGCAUUGAUGCGAUCUCAUCAUCGACAAGGUGUUCAGCACAGAGAUGGAUUGCGAAUUGGCCUAAAGGUGAUUGAUUCUGUGGAAAAUGGAGGGAUGUUGGAGUAUUUCUUUGGUAAAGAUGGAAAUGAAUGUCUCCAGCAUGACAAAUUCGUACAGUUUUUGAGAGAUUUACAUGAGGAAAUUGUGAGGCUGGAGUUUUCUCAUUAUGACUACAAAUCUCAAAAAACCAUAUCAGCCAAGGAUUUUGGACUCUCCAUGGUUGCUUCUGCUGACAUAAGUCAUCUAGACAAGUUGCUUGACCGGGUUGAUCAGUUGGACAAUGAUCAACGUCUCAAGAAUGUACGCAUCACAUUUGAAGAGUUUAAAAACUUUGCAGAGCUAUGCAAAAAAUUGUUACCAUUUUCAUUGGCGCUUUUCAGUUGUGGAAAAGUAAAUGGUCUAUUAACCAGAGAUGAUUUUCAGCGAGCUGCAUCACAAGUAUGUGGCAUAUCUCUCUCUGACAACGUAGUUGACAUUGUUUUCCAUUUGUUUGAUGCAAAUUGGGACAGAAACCUAAGCGCAGAUGAGUUUGUGAGAGUGUUACACAAGCGAGAAAGGGACAUUGUACAGCCUGUGGAGGCAGGAAUCUUUGGUUUCUUGUCUUGUUGCUGGAACUGUACGGAUAAUCUAUCACGCUUUCGGUUGUUUUAGAUAAUCUGAGUUUGCGG